CCGGUUUCAGCACCUCGGACAGCUCUCGCUCCCCCAAUCUCUUCAGCCUCACACAUCGAGAAACGCACAAAGUUUUGGGGGCAAAACCAGACCUCCCUGCGUGACGCUCAUCUAACGGGGACGGGAGACGUCGGGAGGCGGAGAGACACACGGGAGAAACCGCGACGAGGCACCGCGCGCGAGAUGCCCAGAGAAGGCUGCGCGAGACCGACUUGUGUUUCUCUGUCAUUCCGUUGCUGAGAGGAGAGAGAAACGAGAGGGAGAGCUAGAGAGAGAGAGAUACCGGGGACAGAGGAGAGCGAGGAGUGAGCACCGAGCACCGACGAGCGGCUCUGACCGAGGCACCGGACCGAAUCUGCAUGCCCGAGCGAGCGGCAGCGCGAGAUGCAGCGCGUGCACAAGCUCUUGAGUCUCAUCGUGCUGGUGCUGAUGGGCACGGAACUCACGCAAGUUUUACCCGCUAACCCAGAGGAGUCCUGGCAAGUGUACAGCUCGGCUCAGGACAGCGAGGGCAGAUGUGUGUGUACAGUCGUGGCACCUCAGCAGACCAUGUGCUCGAGAGAUGCCCGCACCAAACAACUGCGCCAACUACUGGAGAAGGUGCAAAACAUGACGCAAUCAAUCCAAGUAUUGGACCAGCGGACCCAGAGGGACCUGCAGUACGUGGUAAAGAUGGAGGAUCAACUCCGUGGCCUGGAGACCAAAUUCAGACAGGUGGAAGAGAACCACAAACAAAACAUCGCCAAGCAAUACAAGGCCAUAAAGGCAAAAAUGGCAGAGCUGCGUCCGCUAAUCCCCGUCCUGGAGGAGUACAAAGCUGACGCUCGACUGGUCCAGCAGUUUAAGGAGGAGGUGCAGAAUCUGACUGCGAGUCUCGGCCUCCUCCAGCAGGAGAUGGGAGCUUAUGACUAUGAUGACCUGCACUCCCGCGUGGUCAGUCUGGAGGAGCGGCUGCGAGCAUGCAUGCAGAAACUCGCAUGUGGUAAACUGACCGGCAUUAGUGAUGCAAUCACUAUUAAAACAUCCGGGUCCCGCUUCGGAUCCUGGAUGACGGAUCCUCUCGCUCCUGAAGGAGACACUAGGGUGUGGUACAUGGACGGUUAUCAUAACAACCGAUUUGUGCGGGAGUACAAAUCCAUGGCGGACUUCAUGACGUCGGACAACUUCACGUCCCACCGGCUCCCGCACCCCUGGUCUGGAACGGGUCAGGUGGUCUACAACGGCUCCAUCUACUUCAACAAGUUCCAGAGCAACAUGAUCAUCAAGUUCGACUUCAAAACCUCCACCAUGAGUAAAUCCCAGCGACUGGACAACGCCGGCUUCAGCAACACCUACCACUACGCUUGGGGCGGACACUCCGACAUCGACCUCAUGGUCGACGAGGGCGGGCUGUGGGCCGUCUAUGCCACCAAUCAGAACGCGGGAAACAUCGUCAUCAGCAAGCUCCACCCAAUCACCCUGCACAUCAUCCAGUCCUGGACCACCAAUCAUCCGAGGCGCAGUGCUGGGGAGUCCUUUAUGAUUUGCGGGACGCUGUACGUGACCAACGGCUACUCGGGAGGGACAAAAGUCUACUACGCCUACCACACCAACUCCUCCACAUAUGAGUACAUCGAUAUCGUUCUGCAAAACAAGUACUCGCAUAUCUCCAUGUUGGACUAUAACCCGCGGGAUCGAGCACUGUAUGCUUGGAAUAACGGACAUCAGGUCCUGUACAACGUUACGCUUUUCCAUGUCAUCCGCUCGGAGCAGCUGUAAACGCUGAGGAUUUCAUUUGGAGCUUCAAAAAAAUAAAUAAAAAUGGAACAAGACAAUCCUUUGGAAUGUCUUUCAACAGAUUGUUACACAA